AAAACAAUAGAGAGAGUGAACAUUUUCACCGAAGAAAAGGAAAAACGAAUGGAACUAAUUAUUUCUUUUUUUUCUCUCCUUGGAAAAGUUUGGAAAUUAGACCAAUUCGGAGCAUCUCUCUGACCACCUUCCCCUCCCCCUGAGGCCCUGACCACCUUCUCCUCCUGUACACAGCUCAGCACUUCAGCAGCAGCAUCGCAUCAUAUCGCCCUCGUCUCCAGUUCUCCUCUCUCUCGGUCUUAAAAAUCCAGCGCCAACGCGGCCGCCGGACGCGCAUUGCUCUCCCUCCCUGCCUCGUCUCCUCACCUCAUUCUCGCCACAUCUUCCUCUGCUCCCCUCCUCCCAGGUGGCGUUCUUGGAGCUCCAGCUCCUCGAGCUGCGUCUGUCUACGCCGCCGCGGUUGUCGCUUGGGUGGCGGCAGCCCGCAAUGGGGAGGAGCAGCCGCGCCUGCUCCCUUCUCGGUUCCGCCCAGCUGCUCCUCCUGCUGCUGCUCUCGCUCGGCUCCGCGGCCGCCCAGAAGGGCUCCACAUGGAAGACCCUGAGCGGCAAGGCUCCAGUAAUCGUUGCUAAGGGCGGGUUCUCCGGUCUAUUUCCUGAUUCCAGUGAUUUUGCUUAUCGGAUUCUUGGGACCAUUAGCUCCCCUGACACAGUCAUGUGGUGUGAUGUUCGGUUGACAAAGGAUGGCGAUGGUAUCUGCCUACCGAGCAUAAACAUGGAUAACUGCACAAUGAUAGACAAUGUUUUUCCAGAAGGGAAGAAGACCUACAAUGUUAAUGGUGUAUCUACGGUGGGAUGGUUCUCCGUGGACUAUACGAGCACUGAUCUGCUGCCAAACGUGACACUGAAGCAAUCGGUCCUAUCUCGUACCCCUGUUUAUGAUGGUUCCAUGUUGAUAAAUUCUGUUGAAAAUGUUUUCACCUCAUUUAACGCCUCUGCAGUUUGGUUAAAUGUCCAGCAAGACAGUUUCUACAGCCAGUUUAAGCUUAGCAUGCGAAACUAUAUCCUGUCUUUAUCGAAACAAUUCAUUACUGAUUACAUCUCAUCGCCUGAAGUGAACUUCCUCACCAGUAUAUCUGGAAGAGUUAGCAAGAAGACAAAGCUUGUGUUCCGCUUUCUUGACGAAGGCUCUAUUGAGCCAUCGACAAACCAGACAUAUGGGUCCAUGUUGAAAAAUCUAACAUUUGUCAAGACUUUUGCCUCUGGAAUACUUGUUCCCAAAAGCUAUAUCUGGCCUGUUACACCAGAUAAUUACCUACUGCCUUAUACUUCAGUUGUUGAUGAUGCUCACAAAGCGGGGCUAGAAAUCUAUGCUGCUGAUUUUGCAAAUGACUUUACUAUCAGCUAUAACUACAGCUUUGAUCCAUUAGCGGAAUAUCUUUCCUUCAUUGGUAACAGUGCCUUCUCUGUCGAUGGUGUGUUGACUGAUUUCCCGAUUACUCCUUCAGAAGCAGUUGGUUGCUUUAGUAACCUGAACAACAGCAAGAUCGACCAUGCUAAACCUCUGGUUAUCUCUCAUAAUGGUGCUAGCGGUGACUACCCAGACUGCACUGACCAAGCUUAUGAAAAGGCAGUUGCCGAUGGUGCAGAUGUCAUUGACUGUCCUGUUCAAGUGACCAAAGAUGGCAUACUGAUAUGCAUGAGUUCUGUUGACCUAAUGGAUGUUACUACUGUUGGAAAAUCAUCAUUUACUUCGCAAGUAACUACCAUCAACGAUCUGAAGGCUGGUCCUGGAGUCUUCACCUUCAACCUUACUUGGGAUGAUAUUUCUAAGAACCUACAGCCCAUGAUAUCGAACCCAAUGAGCACCUAUAAACUGUACAGAAAUCCCAGAAACAAGAAUGCAGGAAAUUUCAUGAGAUUAUCAGACUUUUUGACGUUUGCAAAGGGAAAGGAUUUGUCAGGAAUCAUGAUAACUGUUGAGCAUGCUGCAUUCAUGGCAGAGAAGCUUGGAUUUGGAGUGGUAGACGCAGUGGUCAAAGCACUUGAUGACUCUGGUUAUAGCAAACAGACUGCCCAGAAUGUUAUGAUUCAGUCAACCAACAGCUCGGUGCUAAAGAAGUUCAAGCAGGAAACCAAGUACAGCCUUGUCUACAUGAUUGAAGAAGGUGUCAGAGAUGCCGCACCUUCAUCCCUUGCAGACAUUAAGAAGUUUGCUAAUGCCGUCUCUGUUAGCACCACAUCUGUUUUACCACAGACCCAUUAUUAUUUGACAAACCAGACCAAUAAGCUUGUCACGUCCCUUCAGUCUGCGGGCCUCCAAGUUUACGUCUAUGUGCUCAUGAAUGAGUUUGCAUCUCAGCCGAAUGACUUCUUCGCAGACGCCACUUCACAGAUUAAUGCUUAUGUGCAAGGUGCUAAGGUGGACGGGAUCAUCACUGAUUUCCCUGGGACUGCUCACAGAUACAAAUUGAACUCCUGCACGAGCAUGGGAAACAGCGCACCACUAUUUAUGCAGCCUCCGCAACCAGGUAGCCUCCUUUUAACCAUGGCCCCAGAUGUACAGCCACCAGCAGCGGCGCCAAUGCCGCUCUUGACGGACGCUGACGUUGCAGAACCAGCCCUACCUCCAGUCAGUAACACCACAACAGCUGCAUCUCCUUCGCAUGCCGCCCUCAGAAUGCGAACCGAUGUCUCGAUCCUCAUCGCAUUGCUGAUGCUAUGUGCUUCCCUCCUCAUCUGAAGGUAGUCCUGCACAACAUCAUAUGCGGCGUGGUGCAUUAGAGCUGAGGAUUUCACAUUGAGCUGCUAAUAGCAAUUCUUUCCACCAUUUAUGUAGCGAUUUUUUUUUCUUGUUCUGUCCGGUGUUUUGAAGGAUGGAUGGAUGUUCAGCUUGAUACCUCAACGGUGACACUUGUGUGUGCUGCCGCUGCCUCUAGGUAUAUUUUGGUACAUAUAUGUGGUGAUACAUUGUUCAGGUCAUCUUUUCUACUGCCAAACCCUGGCCCGGAGGGCAAAAAUAUUCA